AUGUCUUGGUUGCCUGGUGAUAUCAGGCAAGAGCUCUUGGCAAUGGGCAAUUUGCUGAGAGCAAGGCCUGGGGUUCAUGAGCUUGGAAGUAAGCUCUGUGAAGCUUUGAAGAGAAAGCUUGGGAACAUGAGUGGCCUGACUAGCUCUGAGCUAGUUGCUUGUUAUGAGACCUUGCAGGCAGCCAAUCUUCCAGACAAGUUGAACACAGAGCUGCUGAAAGCUUUUGAUGACUUGGCAAUCCAAUGUGACCAACCUCAAUCCAAGGUGUUGGCAUCAUCUGGCCAGGAAUGCAAAACCUUCUACAAAUAUUUGACUUCCACUGACCUGGAUGAGCUGGAGAAGAGCUCUAUGUGGGAAGGUUGCCAUGUGCUUGCCAAGCGCAUGAAAGCACUUGGCAUUUGUGGCAUGAAGGAGUCAUUGAAGAAAUGUGCUUUGGGCAUACUUGUCUGGCAUGAGAACCAAAGGUCAAAGAAGAUGCCUUGUGCUGAACUGGUCUACUCACUGGCCAGGCAUUUGCUUGAUUGCCUUCAAUCUGCACCUGUGCAGGUGCCAGACAAGUCUUUGUGCCUAGCAAGUUACCCCGAGGACCCUUGUCAUUUGGAAACUCAGCACUUCCAGGCAGCCUAUCCAUCAGACAAGCCUGCCAAAAAGGAUUUUCCACAGUUGGCUGUGAUUAUUCAAAAGCAUUGCUGGGUAAGAAACACUGCUGCUGCUCUCAGUGCCAAAGAAGCUUGA